AUGCCCCAGGAGCGCUUAAGGAACCAAGAAAACUUGGUUCCAAGAAAUUCUUGGAAAUUUUUACUAAGAAAUUCUUGUGCUAAGCCUUAUAUCACACGAUGGGUUGCUAAGCCUUAUAUCACACGACGCAGUGCUAAGCCUUAUAUCACACGACGCAGUGCUAAGCCUUAUAUCAUGCGACGCAGUGCUAAGCCUUAUAUCAUGCGACGCAGUGCUAAGUCUUAUAUCAUGCGACGCAGUGCUAAGCCUUAUAUCAUGCGACGCAGUGCUAAGCCUUAUAUCAUGCGACGCAGUGCUAAGCCUUAUAUCACACGACGCAGUGCUAAGCCUUAUAUCAUGCGACGCAGUGCUAAGCCUUAUAUCAUGCGACGCAGUGCUAAGCCUUAUAUCAUACGACGCAGUGCUAAGCCUUAUAUCACACGACGCAGUGCUAAGCCUUAUAUCACACGACGCAGUGCUAAGCCUUAUAUCAUGCGACGCAGUGCUAAGCCUUAUAUCAUGCGACGCAGUGCUAAGCCUUAUAUCAUGCGACGCAGUGCUAAGCCUUAUAUCACACGACGCAGUGCUAAGCCUUAUAUCACACGACGCAGUGCUAAGCCUUAUAUCAUGCGACGCAGUGCUAAGCCUUAUAUCAUGCGACGCAGUGCUAAGCCUUAUAUCAUGCGACGCAGUGCUAAGCCUUAUAUCACACGACGGGUUGCCAGGUAA